GUCAAGGAAGACUAGUGUGCGUUGUAACUUAGGGGGUUACAGCCAUUAAAAACAUUAGCCAGUGUGGAUGGUGCAACAUUGCCCCAGCUUGCAAAUGUAGCUACUAUGUUACCCAAAUCGCUCAGGUGUGCUUUCCAGUCCUGUUAUGGUGAGAUAUCACGAUGUCGUGUGAGAAAGUCUCUUGUUUUGAAAGCUUUAUUUGUGAUGACUUUAUUAGUGAUUUUUAAGCUUUACAGACUGUCGAUUGGCUCAAUUGCUCAUGACUGUGAUAGAGUAGUUCCUAAACUUGAGCCGAAAGGACACAAAGUGACGAAUUUUUCCCACAAAUUCAUUAUUCCUGAAGUGGGCCUUUGUUCAGGGACAACAGGUCCCUUUCUCCUCGUUAUAAUAGAAUCUGAUAUCCAAAAAGUAGAGGAAAGGAGAGCCAUACGGAAUACAUGGGGCAGUUCAGGUGUCACCAAGGUUUGGGCCAAUGGUGCUCCGCUGAAAGAAGAGGUCCGAAUCCUCUUUAUCUUUGGUGUGACAAAUGAUCCAGAUGGCUACGACAUUCCUGCUCAAGAAAGUCGCAAAUAUGGAGAUGUGGUGCAAGCAGAUUUUCUGGAUACUUACAGGAAUCUUACACUAAAAACUACAGCAGCUAUGAAGUGGGCGAGCAUAUAUUGUUCAUCAGCAAAAUUCAUUUUGAAAGCUGACGAUGAUGUGUUUAUACAUAUUCCAAACUGGAUAGAAGACUUAAACACAAUAAGAAUUGAUCGCUUCUUUCUUGGUCAUUUCAUGUGCGAGAAUACAGUGUUCCGAUAUGGUCGUUGGAGUGUUAGUAAGUCAUCGUAUCCUUACGAGGUGUAUCCAGUCCACGAUUCUGGGCCAUUUUAUGCUUUCCGAGGUAACAUGACAAAGGACCUUUUUAACUUGGCGGAACAUAUGCCUUAUAUUCCUGUUGAAGAUGCCUUUUUCUCUGGUAUACUAGCCCAGAUACUGAAUGCUGAAGUUGUUAGGAAGAAUGAGUUAUUUUGUUGGAGUCUUUGCGAUUGUUACUUUGAGCGGGGUGAUAAAAAUGGCCUUAUGGGUGUUUCAGUAAAUAAUAUGUAUGAUUUGUGGAACAACUUUAAAUACAAACCUGUCGAAAUAUCUGACUUUAGUAAGAAGUGGUUAAGGUUAAAAUUUUAUUUACAGCAUUGUUUUGCUCCAAGACAGUAAAGAUAUUGGGAUGAAUAUGGCUGCGUAAGUUUGAAAAAUUAAUGGGCGAGUUUCACAAUCACCGAUAUUACAAAUAACGUUAAUUAACGCAUGGUCUCGUUCGGUUGAUAACAAGGCUAAUUGUGUAAGGGCACCUUCCGGUCAAAACGGCCAAGAGAUUUGGACACUUGCAGAUAGUUAAUUUAAUUAAGUAGGAAACUAAUAGACAUUUGUGGUGUGGUUGUAUAACUUUUAUUGGUAUACAAACAUUAACUUGCUAUAUAAACAGGCACAUAGUUUUUUUUAUACCUUUCAUUAUGUUUCCUACAAUACAAUUUUCCUAGAAUGAUUAUGACACAUAUCAAUUUCUGAACUUGAAAACUGAGAUUCAAAUCCCAGAGUGGCAAGUAAACCUAUUGAGAAAAAUUUGCCAAUUUGCUCUGUAUCCCAUCAAAGUCAUUAUGAGACAGCGUAAUGCCUUGCUACAGAUGGGACACUAAUUACACAAAUGAUGUAUGAGUGACUAUUUCAUAAAUUCAACUAGAACGUCCUGGUUUUCAUAAGAACUUUCAACAAUACAGCCAAUGUACUAUUCUACAUCAUAUAUACAAUCUAUGUAUCUACCAGGCUGAUAAUUUUCAGAAUCCAGUGUUUUUUUAGUGAUACCCACAGAGGCUAUGCUGAAGAUUGUGUCUUCUGAAACUCGGAUUUCAAUCUGACCAUCAUCUUUUGUUGAAGCAGAGGCAUAGCGAGAUUCAAGCCCUGACAACUGUGAAUAACAUUGAAUAUCCUCAUCACUUACAUAAAAAAAUUUGAUGCCACCAAUGUGCCUAUUUGACCAAUUGAACAUGUCUUCAGCUGUUAAAGUGUGGUUUUGAACUGGGGCUUGCAGGCUUGCUCUUGCACAGAGUUGCUUCACUGAACCCCCUAUUCCAUCACAUGGACUUUUUCUUUGUGAUGUAGCAAAGAAAUGCCACUUAGCUUCGAUAUCACGAUCUUCCCUGUGAUAACACAAGUUUACAAAAUUCUUGUAAUUCUUGUACUAACUAGCAGCACCAUCUGAAAAAUAGAUGACCUUUUGCAAGUAAGGUAUGCCCUUUUUCAAAUAUAGAUACAGCUUGGUUAUGAAAGCAUGAACCGCAGAUUGAUUAUGCUUUAGGCUAUGAGAAAUGAUAAAUACAGAGAUACAUUUUAAAGUCUCAUUUUAAUGGUGCCCAUGUUCAGCAUCCUGUACCAAAAAACUGUAAUUUUCUGCAAAAUCCAACAGUACAAUUUUUUUUUUCUUUUCUCACCAAUCAAAUUCUUUUUUCCAUUCAUGCUGUAAUCAGUCGAUCUCAAGCAUCUCUAAGUACUCAUACAUUCAUAAUUUUGUUUUAACUAUUUUUAAUUAUUAAAAUUUUUCCACUGGUUUAGAAAGUCGCCUUUAUCCUCAGCUAUAUCAGCUAUAUAUUUUUCGAUUUUAUAAUGGUCAGUUACCGUUUUCUGCAGGUUAAUUAUGUUUAAUUUGGCGUCAUUUCGUAUCAUGUCAAAGAUGUACUUUUUUGCUAAAAUUGUCAGUAAAUUUAAAGGUGAAGAAUUGUGUUUCUCGCUCCAUCCCAUAAUAAUGACUUUGGGAGUUAUUUUAAUAUCAGUUUUCCACUUUUCGUAUUCAGUCCACAGUUUACGUGUUUCCGGGCAUUCAAUGAAAGAGUGUUCUAUAGUGUCCUUACCGAGUCUGCAGUGAUUACAAAUAUCGUCGUGCCUCAGUCCUAUUUUAAACAGAUAAGAUUUUGUUGGCGUUAUCCUGUGUAAGAUUUUGUAUUGAAAAUCGCGUAGCUUGGUGUAUUGAGUGCAUUGAUAAAUAGAUUCGAAUACCUUUUCCCAAUCAGUUUCUUUAUCUAACCUUACAGUAUCCUUCCAGUUUUCGUGGAUAUUGAUAUUUUGUUGCAACUCAUUAUUUAAUAAAUCGUAAAAGCGUUUUGUUUCCCGUUUUUGUUUAGUCAGUAAUCGUAUGUUCGAUGGAAAGGAGGGGCGAUAUACAUCAUGCUUCUCAUUUAUCGUGAGCCACUCGGUAGGAACAUUUAAAAUUAACCUAUUAUAAUCUAAGAAAGUACCUUUCACUUGAAAUUUUUGUUUGAAAUCUUUAAAUGUCAACAAAUUUCCUUCUGAAUUUUUUAAAUCCCUUAUAAACCUUACAUUAUUUUGAUACUAAAAAUUGGGUUCUUUAAACCUUGGAUUAUACCAUAAAUGUUCAUCAAGAAUAUACUUAAUAUUUGUCUG